CGUCGGGCUGAUGUCAAUGCUUGCAUUAUGACUUGGCUGUGUCGUGUUGUCAGAUGUUUGUUAACAUGCAAGGAUAGUGUGUUAUAAAAUAACGGGGGAAACUACAGACAAAUGUAUAAAGAAUAAUUUCUAACAUCUUUAAAGUAUUAUGUCAUGACAACUCUUCAAAUAUGUGAUAUCUACAGGCCGAACUUGUCUGACUACGUGAAACCGAUCCAGGCAGACCUACAAAGGAAUUGUUUAAAUAAAAGACAGAGGAUGAAACUUAGCUCACUUGGUGCCUUGCCUUUCCUAUGGAUGGGAUGGAGUUUUUUCUAUCCAUACUUUGGAUUUUGUGAAGGAGCACCCUUCAAACAAGAGGAUGGAAUAACUAGCAACGCACAACGUCAGUCUUGCUGGGAGAUUGAAGAAUUCACAGUGCAACAGGAGUGCACUCGAUGCGAUGACUAUAGAAAGAAGACCGAAUCGGAAUGCACGUUUUCUGGCUUUGUGGAAAAAAUAAAGUGCAACCAUUCAGGCCAAGUAGAAUACAGAAGUUGCCGUUCAGCUGCCGAAGAGGAACUGAAGUUCUGGAAGUUUGAAGGCGGCAUGCUUUCUUUUGGCACAGUCUUUGCAGUUCUCGUUCUGUUCCGACAGCGCACGUUGGACAGGCGUGCAGAAUAUAAAGUCCUGCAGCAGAUUGAAGCAAUGUAGCAGGACCGUACUGGCUGCUGACGUUUUUUCCCCCCGUUUCUCUGUAAAUUGUGAAUUGCUUUAACAAGUCUCAGUCCACGUGUAGGCCUUUGAGAGUGAAGUGUCUACUGCAGUUCCCUACUGUCUGUGCUGCUGUUCAAAUUCCACUGAAAAAAACGUGUGUAUUGUUAAUGUGGUUUUGACUGUUUUCUUUUUUUAUUAUUAUUUAUUGAUGUUACUUUUAUCUUCAAGCUAUUUAAAUAGUUAUGAACUAUUUAAAACAUUGUUAACUAUUUUUCUAAUUAUCGAACAGAUCAGUAAAUAUACUUCUUAUAUUUGUAUAUGUAUAGGACUUAAACACUCACUCCCAAGAUAUGCAGUGCAGUAGAAAUUGGGUAAUACAUAUAGACAAAUGUUUUAUGUUUUUACCACUAAUCAAUAAUUAUAAAAUAUAAAACAAUGAAUAAAGACUUGUAUAUGACUUUAGUUAUGGCACAAAACAAAAUAUUUUAUGAUACAUAGCAAUCCAACUGAUGUGGAGAGGGUUGCUUUAUUGGCGCUCUUAGUACCAUCAAUAAAUGCAAAAAUACUGUACCACAGAAAGGUCGUAUGGUAUCCAAUUUACAUUUUUAAUUGUCUGUACGGUGGAUGUAGGUCAUGAGAUCAGCUCUUUUCAUUAUACUGAUACUGUAGCUCUAGUUGUGUUUUUACAGCUGUGGUGGUGGGAGUUUUUAGUGGUGUCAACAUACACAGUUAAGAAUGUGACGCGAUGCAGAAAAAUCAGAUGCCUAAAUUAAGACUGCAAUCUAAAAUGUGUAUUACUUUACAGGAAACUAAUAUGUAUGGAUACUUAUGAACAAAAAUGUUUUCUAUGGAAUCUUCCUGAAGUGUAUUACAUCAGUCCUUUUCAUCUGAUGCAAUGCUGUGGCUAACUCCAGCCAAAACACAUGCAAAAACACAAAACAAUUACAUUUGAUUCUAUGAUUGGCUUUCUUCUGGACUGUUCUGGUAUGUUAGAGUACAUGGUAGUAACACAAUGUGAUCAGAAUUACUUAAAACUUCUCAGAAACCUAUUCAUGACACACAAAUGAUCAAAUACAGUUUUCACUAGAAGUGAAGAAAGUGUAUUGUAACACCACAGUAAAGAAGUGGCUGCUAAUAUUUAUCUUGAAGUAUGUAAGUCUAUCUAGGCAAUCUAAAAUGAAUAUACUGUGGGUCAUAGGGCUUAAUUUAAUCACUACAGAUCCCAUUAAAAUACAUGUGAUAACUGGGAGGCCUGUUUGUGAAAAUGGCUUUCUUGAUUUGGUACAUUGAAACUUCCUUCAGCUGUUUGUACUUUUUGUUUGGGUUUCUGAUUCAUUUUCAGACUACUGCUGAAUAAAUAUGUACCAGUGAGUAACAUUUGUAAGCCUUUUUUUUUGUUUAUUUUAUUAGCAGUAUUGUAAAGCACUGUCAAGUACUGACCAUGUCUUUUUGUUCUUGCUUUUGUACUGUAAACUGUUGUUUUACCAUAAAUAUUUUGAUUUUG